CACUCUUUUGAAGUGCGCAAAAGCCUGCAGCUCAAUUGAUGGACUUAUUGAAUUGCGGAGGAAAAGUGACACUGAGUGGAUUAACUUUUACGGUGGAAUAACAGCUCUUAAAUCAGAAUUGGUUCAUUUUGUUAGUAACUCCCAGCUGUAGUUUUUAAGGUUUCUUACGGUUUCUGAAGCCAGGACAAGUGGUCUUUACGCACAGAUUGCGCAAUGGCGAACUCGUGUCUUCAACUGAGCGGUUUUCUCAUCAGCUGCCUCGGCUGGCUGGGCAUCGUGAUCGCGGCGUCCACGAAUGACUGGGUGUUAAUGUGUAAAUACGGUUAUAACACGUGCAAGAAGAUGGAUGAGCUGGGAGGCAAGGGACCCUGGGCGGACUGUGUCAUCUCCACAGGAAUCUACCACUGCGUGUCCAUAACGCAGAUGCUGGACCUGCCAGCCUACGUCCAUACGACUCGUGCCCUGAUGAUCACAGGUUCGAUCCUGGGUCUCCCAGCAGUGGUAAUGAUCCUUAUGUCCAUGCCCUGCAUCAGCCUCGGCAUUGAGCCCCAGGCCUCCAAGAACAAAUGCACCAUCCUGGGAGGAGUGCUUAUGCUCAUAGUCGCAUUGUGUGGCAUGGUGUCUACGGUCUGGUUUCCCAUCGGUGCUCACCAGGAGCAGGGCCUCAUGGCGUUCGGCCUGUCCCUCUACAUCGGAUGGGUGGGCACUAUCUUCUCCCUGCUGGGCGGGUCCAUUCUCACCUGCUGCUCCUCCGAGGCCUCCUCCUCAUCUCGCUCCUACCAGGACAACAAUCGUUUCUAUUACUCCAAACAGGGAGCUGGCAACCCGCCAGCACCCACCUCCACCAAUCACGCCAAGAGCGCCCACGUCUGAGGGGGAGAGAUUGGAUGUAUAGAGGACUGGAGUUUGUAUAUAGAGACAUAUACACUAGCACACACAUACAAUCACAGCUACAUACAAACCUGAAGAAAACACAUAAACACACUCAAGAAAAAUAUUUGAAGGGGCACACAAACAUACAUAAGAGACAUUCACACAUCUAAACACACAAAGACUGUUUUUGUUGGAGCUCUUUUCUUGCCGAUGGAUUGUUUUUGUAUCACAGAGCUCAUCUUCCAGCCUCCUCAUGAUGGGCGUGGUGUGGACUCUCCCCGCUGUUACAUAAUUGUACAAAUAACUGCCUGCAAAGCAGCAUGAGGUCCCGAUCACCUUGUGGACUGAGAUAUUGAUCUUCUAUACUACUUCUAUUUUUCUAUUUAGAUGCUCCUAUGUUUUUUUAAAUCAUAUAAUAUCAUAUAUCUGUUGUUUUGAUAAGCAGGGUAUGAUAGCAUUGUGUUUGGAAUUGAAAAUAUGUUUAUUAACAUUGUUUAUGGACAUUGAUUUUUCCUUGACAGCAUUGUACAAGUCUCUAGUGCAUUUGCCUCUUGAGUGAUGGACUUGAUUAAAAAAUGCGGCACUGCUUUUUCCAAGCCACUGCAGGAUGAUGGGAACAUAAAUUUCACAGCCAGCAGUGUUACAGUCUUUAGUAUGUGCACUUACUUGGCAAAAAUAACUUACAAGAGAGUAAAAAAAACCUUCAUUUAUUCUCCCUCAUCUGAUAGUAUUUCAUUAUCCAAACCUUACACAUUUUUGUGACUAACUUGCUUCUGUUUUAUUUGGAUAACAACUGAGUGAAAAAACACGGCUUAUCCUUUAACUGUGGAAUUAUACCUUACCAUUAAACAUCUUAGUUAAACUUUUUUUUUUUUUUUUUUUUUUUUACAGAGAACCGGUCUGUAGCUUUAAAUCAGUAUUAUGUAGAUUAUCUCAUUUUUAAGAAUUGUGAUGACUUGAAUGUUCAAUAUCUCCAAAGUGCUCUGAACACAAAUGGAAAUUUCCAACUCAGAUACCCGCAGAAGCAGUAUUAACUGGUUAUUUAUUGUUUCUCGGAUGUGCUGUUGUUUGAUUUUCUAUAAUAAAAGACAAAAGAAUUAAAAGGGUCUUUGUCUCGA